AUGUUGAAUAGAUUUGGGUGUGGCUUGUUCAGCAGCUUUAGUCAGCUGCUCCCUGUCUCCUUUGGAAACGUGGAAACAAGAGGGACGAGAGGUGUGUGGAUCAAGAUUCCAACACAUCAAUCUGAACUAAUUCCUAUUGCACACAAAUUAGGUUUUGAUUUCCAUCAUGCUCAAAGUGGUUACGUCAUGUUAACAAAAUGGCUACCUACGACAGAACCAAAUAAACUACCAACAUAUGCUAACCAUUAUGUCGGAGUUGCUGGAUUUGUAAUAAAUGAUAUUAAUAUGAGCUCUUAUUUGUGUGUAUAUUAAAAACCAUUACAUACUGAUAUUAAAAUGGACACUGGUGAAAUAGCUAGCUGUAAUGGAUGGAU